UAUAAAUAGAAAGUUUUUUUUGCAUCUUAUGUCAUCCUCAAUAUAUAAAAUAGCCAAAAUUAAUUCAAACUUCACACUAACUACAAAUUCACAGACCUAUCAAAGUGGUAGAAAAAUUAAUCAAAUAUCAAACAGGAAUAUUUCAAAAGAUGGGCUACGACACAGAUUGCUUGAAAAUAGUCAGCAUGAAUGCCACCGGGCGGAAGGGAAGGCAGUUCAACGACUUCCGUCAGUCCAAUCUGCGCCACCUGGUGGAAAAUGAGAGGCCUGAUAUCAUGUUCCUUCCUGGGGACAACCCGGGACCGGACACGUUCACACAGACCAGCUACCAACAGCUUCUGGAUCCCGCCCACAAUGAGACAGUUCUUCUGUAUGACUCCACACGUCUCAAGGUCCAUCAGCGUCCAACAGGACCACAGCUGAAAGCCCCGAACUUUGACUUAGACAAAAUUGUAACACCUCUCGUUGAGAUUUACUCACCGGCGCCUGCCCAAUCAAUUGUUAAACAGUUCAUUUGCGUAUCUUGGCAUUGGGAAUUAACCACUGCGACAAGAGGAUCACAAGUUUUAUACGAAAACGGAAAAUCCUACAUGAUGCUUGCGCAGUUGCUGGCCUGGUUUACCGAAAUGGAAGUGUUAAUCGGUGGCGAUUUUAAUUUGCCACUACCAAAAAUUGAGGAACUGAUCAGAGAGCACAACAGUCUGGUGCAGGCAGGUAUUGACAAUAUAAAACCAUUCUUUCAACAGCUCGGCUACAUGGAUUGUAUGACCGAAACAGUCCACCGACCACAGCGAAGACUUCGCCAACUCAAGCUACACAUGUGCAAGAGCCACGAGAACAACACGGAAACGAGCUUCUUCGUGGCAUCUAAAGAGAUGCAGCUGAUGCAGACUAGGCAUGUGAAGAUGGAGAGCCUUACAUAUCGUUCCGCUGGCCUCCAGUUGCAGACGAGAGUAAAGACAGAGCACCACCCGGAGCCAACCUACACCAAGACUCAGAUGUACAUCCCGCAGAGGCCGCCCAAACAUAACGGGGGAUAAGAUGGUAGCACUGCGAUUCAAACGGAUCUCUCAACAUCGCGCAACUGGUUUUCUAUUCGUAGAAAGUUCCAGAUACUGACAAAAAUUCUCUCCAUUGCAAAAUAAUAUACAUGUCAUAACUAUCUUUCUUGACCCCAGUAGAAAAGUUUAAUCUUUCAUUUCAUCAAAAUUAUCAUGUCCAAUACAAUUUGUCUCUGAUAUUGACGGUCAUUUGAAAUGCCUUGUAUUAAUUUACCUAAUAUGCCAUUUUUGUGAUACAAAAUUUUAUUAGAAAAAUAAAUUAAGGAGCGCCGCUUUGUAGAAACCAAAUGCAUGUAUUUCUAUCAAUUAAUUUUAUAAAUGAAAAGAUAGAUCAGUGACAUAAAUAUAAAGUUUAUCUUAUAGUCUGUGCUGGGUGUGUUCUGAUGUAAAAGUGCGCGAAAAAUUGCCAUUUCACGGUAUCUGAUGCAUCAGUGAAUUAUUAUGUCAAAUUACAAUGCUUACAGAUUACAGAUAUGGUAUAUCAAUGAUAAUCGAUAUUAUCAUAGUGUAUAUAUAAUUUAUUGAUAAGUAUCUUAUGUAUCGUUAUUUUGUUAUCACAUUGUAAAUCAUUUCUAUUAUUUGUUUGUAAAUAUACGUUUAAAAUAAAUGUGGAAGGAAAACAA